AUGAAUAAUAUCAAAGAAAAUGGCGAAAUAUUGGUGCAGCGAGACUAUAAUUUCCUCUUGAAUCUUGGAAGACAAAUCGACUUAUCUAAAUCAGAUACUUACAAAGCUGCCAAACCGGUGUUCCAAAAGCGAAGACCAAACUUCAAUAAUAAGAACCCCAAGCUUAAACAGAGAAGAUUUCAGAAUAACAAUAACGAUAGGAACCAAGUAAUAAACAAGGGAGAUGUUCAAAUAAUCCAACUACCGAUGGGAAUGGAAAGAGCAAAAUCAAAUAAAACUUACUUUGACAAAAAAAAGAAUGAAUACCUCUGGACCUUGGAAUUGGUCUUUGUCGAUACAAAUGGGUCACAAACUUAUAGGACAACACAGACCAAGGUUCCAGAGUCCUCCACUGUCGAAUCAUCUAUUUCAAAAAACGCUCCAUCAGGAACCUUAGAGAAAACGGAGAUUAAUUAUUUCACAUUCAUGAAUAUUUAUGAUUCACAAGCGACCACGCAUAAUCAUAAAGCAUUGGUAGAGAUUUCAAAGUCCGCCACAAUAAAGGAAACAUUGAAGGGUAAGACUGUUCUCGAAUUUCCAACAAUUUAUGUUUCACCACAGAAUUCUGUGAAGGGCUUCCAAAUUUGUGAAGAAAACUCUGUGUCAGACUCAAGUGAUUCCAGUGACUCCAGUGAUGAGAGCUCUGAUGAUGGUGAUAAUAAUAAUAAUGAUAAUGAUGUAUUAGAAAGUGGAAAAAUGGAAGAAAGCCAAGAAACACAGAAGCUAAAUCAGACUAAAGAAAAAAAUAACGAAACUUCAGAUAAUCAACCAAUACAUAAUGAAAAUACUUCUUGUGCUCAAGAUUGCACAGAAAAGAAAAUUGACGUCAAUUUUAAAGACACAUCAAAAAUUACAAUUCCAAAAACCCUUGAUACCAAUGACUACAGUCCAGUAAUCAGUUUGGAUUACGAUUCAGAUUCAGGUUCAGAACAAGAUCUCCCUCAAGAGUCAUCUGCUAAGGCGCCUCAAUAA